UGUUCUUUUGUUAUUUUGCUGUAAGCAAACAUAAACAAACAGAGGAUGGUUAUGAUUCUAGUCAAUUUCCAGUAGUUCGUUCAAAAAGAAUUUGCAAUAAUUGCUGUCUGAUCAUACAGAAAACAUCCUGUUUAUUUAGGGAUGUCUGCGUGCGUUCGCGUCGCCGAUGAACGUGUGGCAGAUGACAAAUAUUCAAGAAACAUGUCAUAUUGAUACCAUGAGUUAUGAAUUAUAAAUAUAUGAUUUCUUAAAUUAAAGGACUGUAUCAUCAUAUUUAGUUGUUUUUAUAAUGGUGCACAAGAAGUCAGAGUAUGGACUGCAGUUUCUGAAACUGUCAAAUGAUUUAAGAGCACAAAUUUGGCGAGAAAAUGUCAGAUUCAGAGAAGCUCAAAAAAGAAUGCAUUUAUCAGAUCAUUACUGGCGUUACCAACUUAUAGACGACCAAUGUGAUUGUGAUGAAGACAGUAAUGUACCUGAAGAAUCAAUACGAUCUAAUGAAACUAGUACCCUCUGUAAAACUGAAAAAUUUUCAAAGCUGUUUGAGGAUAAAGGAUUGCAAACUAUAGAAACAACGAAAGUUAUUGAUAACCAAUUGCUCAAUGAAAAGGAGUCAAAAGUAAAGCACAAUCCCCUUCCUAAAGUAUCAGAGGAAACUGCUGGAUCAAGCGAAUCAAAUGCUUCAAAAACAGCUACCUCAAUGCAGAAUAAUACUUUUUCUACAGAGCACCUAAACCGAAAUGACAAUAAUGGUACUUCAAGGGGAAGUUUUAAUACAAAAGAAAUUCUUGACAGUCGAAGUACUGAUGAUGCUGUGUCAAGAAAAGCAGUACAUUCCCACUUGAAUAGAUCUCCCACUCGCAAUGCACUCAAAAACUACCAUUCUGGAGAGAAAAGUGUUCCAGUAUUUGCUGCCUUUGGGUGGAAUGAUUCAGACAAAAAUGUGGGUGGGCAGAAGACGUAUAAUGUGCGGGCACCUGUUGGUCAGGUCCAUACAUCAGCUCUUCUAGCAUCUGGCAAUAGACUAAAAGAGCUAGAAUCACACUUGGCCAUGGCAUUGAAGAAAAGACAACAGGAAAGAUCACAUCAUCACCAAGGCCCUGUAAAUUUAAGUGGUAUUUGGAUGACGGAAUAUCAAGAAAAUUUUUCAAAAGGUCAAAGAGAACCACUGGUUCGAAAUGCUUUUGCAAGACCUAUUGUGUGGCGUUUUUCUUAAGUUACAGUACAACUUGCAUUUUUUACUUUUUAGGUAUAGUUUCAGUUUUGUGUGUGUGAGCUUCUGUUCAGUCAGGUUUUAUAGUAUCUCAAUCAAAACCAUGAUAUUAAAGGAGUAAAAGUGGGUUUAGGAUAGGAACACUGCAAACGUAGUUGGGGAAAGGGGAGUGGUGUGGGGAGCAUUGUUUGCCUUGUCCCGCCACUCUCCUUGUCCCAACUACUCUUGCAGCAUUCUUGUCAUGAAUCCACCUUUGAUGAACGAGAUGUUUUCUCUAGUUCACUGAGUGUACAUGUUUUUAUUUGUGUUAUAUGGUGUUGUUUUGUUUUUCUCAGCACAUGUGUGGAUGUUUUUGUCCUAUGCCCUUUCUUUUUUCUUAUCAAUUUAUUUCAGAAGAUAAACUACUCACUGUGAUAGCUUUA